CGAGCCCUGUCGUCUUCUGGCGCUGAGCGGUGGGCAGCGGGCAGCCAUGUGGAAGAACGGCAGCUUCCUGGCGCACGCGGGCUCCAAGGGCGAGCGCGCGCCCUUGUUGCCGAGGUACGAGUACAUCGAAUCUGCAGCGCCCUCCGUCCGACAACCUAAUGGACUGGACGCGCCACCGCUGCAGAAUGGAGCCGCCGCGCACGCUCAGCUGCUGGCGUCGGAGAAGCUUGGCGUCGGCCACGACGACGCCGCGCUAAGGCUGCAGCCCACAGCGCCGCACCCUGACGAGGACACGGACGAAGAGGGUGAGGGGGGCGCGAAGCGCGGCCGCAGCUGGACCAGCCCCGCGACGCAGAACCAGCUGCUGGCCGCCUCCGCCUGCUUCCUGCUCACUGCCGGCUGCGGCUUCCCCAUAGGCUUCUCUGCCGUCAUGCUGCCACAGCUGCGCCAAAACGACUCCGCCAUCCACACCAACGAGGACAUGGAAUCCUGGAUAGCGAGCAUGCAUUCGGCGGCGACUCCGCUGGGGUCGCUGUGCAGCUCCUACCUGUCGGAGCAGGUUGGCCGCCGCACCACGCUGCAGCUCACCGCGCUGCCCUUCCUCGUCGGCUGGCUGCUGCUCGCCUUCGCCCAGAGCUACACCGUCGUCAUCGUCGGAAGGAUCCUCUGUGGCAUCGCCGUCGGCAUCUCCGCCUCGCCCUGUCAGGUGUUUUUGGGCGAGCUGGCCGACGUAGAUAUCCGUGGGCUGUUGGCGGGCGUGCCGAUGCUGAGCUACUCGCUGGGCAUCCUGCUGGUUUACGCUCUGGGCGCCUGCCUGGACUGGCACGUGGUGGCGGGCACGGGGCCCGUGCUGCCGCUGCUCGCUGUCGUCGCAUUCUGCUUCAUCCCCAGAAGCCCCGUCUGGCUGGUGCGCCAGGGCCGCUUCGACGACGCCAAGAAGGCACUCGCUUGGUUCCGCGGCUCCACGUUGGAGACCAGCCAUCAGGUGACCCACGAGCUGAGGGAGCUGAUCGAUCGGGCGCGGUCGGACGACGAGCAGGAGGCGGCGCAGGCUAAGGGCGGAUGCUGCAGUGUGUUCGCCAUGCCUCAAGUGUACAAGCCGUUCCUAGUCGUCAACCUGCUGACCUCCAUGCAGAUCGUGUCGGGCACUUUCAUCGUUAUCUUCUACGGCGUCGACAUCGUGGUGAAGUCGGCGAGCUCGGCCGGCAGUCACAUCAAGGGCGAGAUGUUCUCGGUGGUGGUGGCGGUGGUGCGCAUGCUCUUCUGCGUGGUGGGCUGCUGCCUGCUCAUAUGGUGGACGCGCCGGCGGAUGGCCAUGGUGUCGGGCGUGCUGUCGGCUCUCUCGGCCCUGGCGCUGGGCGUCGUCUGCCUGCUGAAGGAACACCGGCCCGCCUCGCAGCCUGUGCCGGCGUCCGAGCCGCUGGUGAUCGCGUCGCUACUGCUGCUCUACGUGGCCACCAACACGGCCGGCUUCUUCAUGCUGCCCGUCAUCGCCAUCGGCGAGAUGCUGCCCGCGCGCGUGCGCGGCGUCGCCGGCGGAUACACUUUCUUCGUCUUCAACACGGCCCUCUUUAUCGCCACCAAAGUCUUCCCCUACUUAACAGACACCAUCGGCAUGGCCGGGGUCUUCAUCAUCUUCGGCAUCUUCAGCCUCCUCGGCACCCUCCUCGUGUACCUGAUAAUGCCGGAGACGAAAGGCCGCACUCUCAACGAGGUGGAGGACUACUUCGCAGGGGACAACUUCCUCUGGAUCACGAGGCACAGGUACCGGUUUGUGCCACCAAGUGCUCCCCUGCCUAAGGCUUGACAAACUCGCACCUGGCUGCCAGUGCCGUGGCGGUAGCACUCCUGGACAGUCUUGCGCAUAUAGUGUCAUUUUUUUCCUUGAUACUGACCGCUUUUUCCUCAAAGAAACAGACUGGGGAACUGAUCUCGCUAAACCCUGUGAAACUUCGUUAGCGUGCUUGAAAUUGCAUAAUGUAAUAUGUGAAAUACACUCGCUACCAGGUUCUCAAAGUGGAUGAUGCUAAUACUCUUUUUCCUUAAAGGCUUUUAAUGUGCUCGACUAUUAC